ACGAAACUAAAAACUUCUUUCUCAACCCUCCAAAAACCCAAAAUCCUCUUCUUGUCUAUUAUUCCUAUUCUACUCUCAAUCCCCGUAGAAGGGGAAAAAAAUGGCAAAAGGAGGCAAACUUUCAAAGCUGAAAUCAGUGCUAAAGAAAAUGCAAUCUUUCAAGCUUAGCCGUACCAACAGCAGCUCUAUUGUUGCCACCAACAACUUUUCCGACGAUGAUGAGUACUUGCACACCAGUGCCGCCAAAAAUCUCCAUCCCGUUUACGUCGGCAAAUCAAGGCGGCGCUAUAUGAUUACUUCGGACGUCUUGGACAACCCCCUGCUCCGAAAACUGGUGGAAUAUUCCAGCGACGGCGAGGACACGAUCACCGUUGGAUGUGAAGUCGUGAUGUUUGAACAUUUGCUGUGGAUGCUUGAAAAUGGUGACCCUCAGCCGGAGUCAUUGGAGGAGCUGGUGGAGUUCUAUGCAUGCUGAAAAAAUUUACUGCAUAAUGAAUGGGUACAUAUUGCUGUAAUUUUUUUUUUUUUUUUUUAAAUAAUGUGUGAUUGUCGGUUUAGAAGAUAUAUAAGUUAUAAAGAGAGAGAGAGAGAGAGAGUCACUCACAGUUUGUUGUUCUUUCCCAUUGAAUUGUGACCUGUAAGAGUUAAUUAACCCAUUUUACACGGCUAAUCUUAAUUAAGGGAUGGCUUAAUUUAUGGGUUUUGCCGUUAUUUUUAUUUACUUA